UAAGAAUAGCCACCUCCGGGUUCUGCAGCCUUGUCCUUGGUGAAACGUAGCGAGUAAUUCGUUUGCCCAGAGCUUAUUUUGCUGCAACUGCUGUCAUAUUCAAUCGAAAUUCCGCGAAAACCACGCAUGGGGAGUUGACCAACUAGCGAUAUAGGUUGAUAUUUAAAUCCUUUCUUUCGCUCUGUUCUUCGCUAUAUUGUUCUGUCCUCUCAUCAGACAGCUUUCGGGAUGCCGUCCUGUUGUGCUUCAAAAUCUUCGGAUCCAGCGGGUGGAAACAAGGAUAGCGCUGAUAACAGAGAGUCAAAGCUCUCGAGUGCUCUCUCGAAUUUGUCCCCAAUCCUACCUGCUCUUCUUCACAGUUCCUGCUGUUGGCUGCCCGCCGUGCUCGAUUUUCUCUCUAUCGGCUCCGCAUCCGUGACCAUUUUUCAACGGUUUCGGCCUCUUUUCCUCCUGAUUACCCUUCUCACACUCGCCUGGAGCGUACACAAGCGCGGACUAAAUAACCGUAAUCUGGCACGGAUUGCAUUGUCUGGAAUCUUGUUGGCUUGGCCUCAUAUAUCCGCGACACUUUCCUCGACUCCGCAUACACAACACGGUGGCCACAAGAGCUGCCAUUAAUUGAACCCCAGUGUUAUUGCCCCAUAGCUCUUGCGUGUUCCCAACCAAUGGCCGCCUAUUUGGUUCGCCGGACUAGUCCCGUGCUAUCUCAACUUGCUGUCCGCAGGUCGAUGCCGUUUCCCCAACAGCAUUUUCUCCGUCAGCCAAUUCUCCAUUGGGGUAUUCGCUCCGUGUGCUCCAAAACCCAAGCCAGCAACCCUGAACCAAAACAAACUCAAGAGUCCGCGAUGAGUUUGGGAUUCUGGAGUUCGACGUACUUAUGGAAACGCGCAGGCAUCAACACGUUUCGCUGUCUGAUCGGUUGUUCUCUCGGCGACUUCUCUGCAAUGUGGUACCUACAGGCAAACUGCCCGGAUAUGUCGGUUGGAUUGGUCAUGGGGAUAUCAAUGAUUUGUGGGCUAAGCUCAUCGAUGGUCCUGGAGACCAUCCUUUUACGACUCGGGCGAGACCAGCUGACGUGGGUAACUGCAGCAAAGACCGCAGCAGGGAUGAGUAUGGUAUCGAUGUUAGGAAUGGAAACCGUUCAGAAUCUUGUUGAUUUCCACUUGACAAGUGGAGUUGUAGCGCUUGAUGACCCUAAAUUUUGGAUGGCUGCGGCCGCCUCGGCUUUUGCGGGGUUCCUGGCUCCAUUGCCUUAUAAUUAUUCGAGGUUGAAGAAGUACGGGAAGAGCUGUCAUUAG